AUGGGGGUCCAACCUUGCGAGCCGUUCAGAUGUUCUCAACAAGCAGUGCUGCUGUUGAAUGCUGUUAAAUACCACCUGAGGAGCUUCGCAGGAUUUCGCAGUCUUCGCAAGCUGCACAUGGCUCAGCGAGGACACCUGGGACAUGGAGGCCCUGGCCAAUUCGCCCAACCAGAACAAGGGCCAAGACAGCCGAGAGAGGCAGAGCCUUUCCGGCACGUCAUCUCCCUCGGCUGCCGCUGCUCCCAGUCCUCGAUCUACAAGUCCAUGGGGGCACGCCGCUACGCAUGCCCCUUUGACUGGAUCUUUAGCUCGGCGGCCGUGGUGUCCCAUUGCUUAAAGGAUGACUUCAAGCAGUUCCUAGACAGAAGCCUGUAUUUCCUGAAUGGCAGCUCCUUCGAUGCUAUCGGCCUCAAGCCGGGGUCUGCCCCACGGGAGCGAAAGCUCAUUGGCCACAGCACCUAUUCUUCCAUGACCGCCGGUGUGGGGCGGGGCACCAUCUUCAACCACCGCGACCCGCUGCACAAUGACUCGGACUUCCAGCACACGCAGCGCUGCGUUCAGCGCUUCCGACGUGUGCUGGCAUCUGCCGACCGCAAGCUCUUUGUUGUGGUCAACUUGAAUCCGCAGCUUUGGAUCGAAGCAGACGUCCUGGAGCUGUACCAGGAGCUGGCACAGCGCACGUCCAACUUUCUUCUACUGGUGUUGGACUGCAGCAACAAGAAUCUGGGGCCUGGUGUGGCGCAACUCCCUGCAGAGGAGCUGUGCCGGCAGCAGCAUGGAGGGCGUGGCCUCCUCAUGUGCAGGCUUCGGUGCGUCGGCGACAACACCGGCUCCUACUUCCGCGAGGAGGUGGACGCGCGGCGCGUCCGCAGCGUGCUCCUGGACCCUUACCGCUUCGACCUGGCCCCCGACCCGCUGGAACAGGAACCUGAGGAACCUGCGGAGCCCGCCGCGCGUGCCGCGCCCGCCGCCGAGCCAAGGGACCGCGGCGUUGGCGGUGAAGGCUAUGGCGACUAUGGCGACUGCGACCGAGCCCGAAGCAGGUGGAGGUGCAAAGCCGACAGAGCCGACAGAGCCGACAGAGCCGACAGAGCUGACAAGGACAUGGAGGAGGCGGAGAUGCUGGAAAUGCCGAUGGAGCAAGCACAGCAAGCACAGCAAGCGCAGCAAGCGCAGGUUGCUGAGCCACGCCGCCGCUGGGCGCGAGCUUCAUAG